AUGGCCUUCGUGCUGAGCUCGCAGUCAACUGACCCUGCAGAAUCCGUGGAAACUCCCAUUGAGGACCUUCCACUGCCAGAAGGUUUCACGCCAUUGGUGGGAAUAAAGUUUUGCCCGCCAGGUGGCAUAUACUUGCUGCUUUUCUUGUGGUUCCUGGACAACGCCACAGACCUGUUCCAGGUUGUAACGUUCGUACGCCACGGGGACAGCGGAUUUGCGAUUUUUGUCGCAUUUUUUGUGACCGCCAGCAUUCUCCUUGUUGCCUUGGUCCUCGUGCUGACGGAAAGCGAUGCCAUAACCAACAGAGGCGGGCCGAUCGCUUGCAAGGUUUUGCUUUCGCCUUUUCAAGCCGCUAUGGACAGCGUAGAGCGUGGUAAGGCUAGCAUGACGUGGGGAUGGAUCAUGCGGGCGGAGCAGCAAAUUGAGGCGCCAGGCACCGGCCUGGUGGCUCCAUAUGGCAUGGUUUUGGUUAGCCAGCUGACUCUGUUUCAAGCACUGGCGGCUUGUUACGGACUGUACAGCUCUUCCAAAGCCAUCGCGGCUGGUCGCAUGGAGAAUUGGUCGGGAUCCAAUCCGGUAGAGUUCCAUGCUGUGCGCCCGGAGCUCUUUGCUGCUAUCCAGCUGUGGCUGUUGCUGGCAAGCUUUGGAGAGCUGGCCCUGUUUGCUGUUGUCGGCCGCGUACUGCAUCCUUCCGUCCCUAUAGGUUUGUAUCUCAUUGCUGCCGGUAUCAACAUACACACCGAGGAAGCUAAGAAAUCAGAGGUGUGCUGCCAGAGUGUGUUUAUGGUGGCCGACAGCAUGUUCGGAGUGCAUGCAAACCCGACGGGCCUGAAAGAAGUGAACAAGGACGCGAGGACUGGCCCAGGAUGGCCUGCGGCUUCAUUCUUACUGGUGCGGUUGGUGGUCUUGGUGUGCCUUUGCUUACUUCUCGACUUGCCAAAUGGGAUAUUGCCCAUUGCCUCGUUGGCGCGUCCCAUGGGCCAGCCAGUUCUUGAGGACGAAUUCUUGUUGCCGCUGCGCGCCGCCUGCAACGUUGCUUGGAAUUGCAAUGCCGCAAUCAUUGCGCACCAAUUUGAGAAUUGCACUUUCGAUGGUGUGGCCGAGAAGAGCGCUGGGUCAACCGCUUUCAACGCCUUUGUUGUAGCUGCUGCCGUGGUUUGUGUACCAUUGCAAUUCCUGAUCACGCUUGGCCAGCUAUGCUUCAAUAGCCACUACCGAUUGGGCACAAGCAAUCAACAGCUGCACGACGAGGUGAAGCGCAAGAAAGCUGAGAUUGAAGCCUGGAGUGAGAGGCAUUUAGAUGUUCUGUACCCUGAAAGAGUAAGGCGGCGCUUGAUGCAACGUGAUGCCUUAUUACUCGACUUCGAGUAA